GUGUUUACAGUUAGCUAGAUAGAGGUUUUUGUUUUCGCAUCGCAGUGGUAUAAAAAUGUACGGGCUGUGCAACAGCCUACUUACUGUCCCGUAAUUCCACAAGGGGAGUUAUUAAAAAUAUAUUGACAUCCUUUUUUUUUUUUUACAGAGGGCUCUUUUUUUAAAGCCCUUUGUGUUCACUUGGAACCGAGAAAGAAGCUUCAUUUGGAAACCUGUUAAAGGUCAUCUUGAGGUACAGAAGUCUCCCUUGAAGGCUGAACCAUGGUGUUGAUUCUCGGCAGACGGAUGAACAGGGAGGUCACUGGCAUCAGAGACUCACCGGCUGUCAAACGCAAGGUGUUUGAGGUCGACUCCAAGACGUUACCUAGCCAGGAAGUGUUGGACUUCUGCUCCGGCUCCUCCCACGCUGAGGGCAUCCUGCAGGUGUUCAAUGAGUUCCGCGACUGCCGCCUGUUCACGGACGUGGUUAUCAGCGUGCAGGGCCGAGAGUUCCCCUGCCACCGGGCCGUGCUCUCAGCUUGCUCCUCCUACUUCAGAGCCAUGUUCUGUAAUGAUCACCGUGAGAGCCGCGAGAUGCUGGUGGAGAUCAAUGGUAUUCUGGCCGAAGCCAUGGAAUCCUUCCUCACUUAUGUUUACACCGGCCGCGCCAAGAUCACCACGGAGAACGUCCAGUUCCUCUUCGAGACCUCCAGUCUCUUCCAGAUCGCCACAUUACGUGAUGCCUGUGCAAAGUUCCUGGAGGACCAGCUAGACCCGUGCAACUGCCUGGGCAUCCAUCGCUUCGCAGAUGCUCACUCUCUCAAGCAGCUCGCCAGCCGCUGCCGCAGCUACGCUCUGGCCUAUUUCUCCGAGGUGGCUCAGCACGAGGAGUUCCUCGACCUCCGGAGGGAAGAGCUAGAAGAGUACAUUGACAGUGACGAGCUGUCCAUCGGUAAAGAGGAGGUGGUGUUUGAGGCCGUGAUGCGCUGGGUGUACCACAGUGUGGAGCAACGUAAACCCAUGCUGAAGGCCCUGCUGCACCAUGUGCGUCUGCCGCUUUUGCACCCCAACUACUUUGUCCAGACAGUGGAGGGAGACCAGCUCAUCCAGAAUGCUCCAGAGUGCUACCAUCUUCUCCACGAGGCAAGGCGCUACCACGUACUUGGAAAUGAGAUGAUGUCACCCAGGACCAGGCCACGCAGGUCGACUGGCUACUCUGAGGUGAUUGUGGUGGUGGGUGGUUGUGAGAGAGUGGGGGGUUUCAACUUGCCCUACACCGAGUGCUACGAUCCAGUGACGGGAGACUGGAAGUCGCUGGCCAAGCUGCCCGAGUUCACCAAGUCAGAGUACGCCGUGUGUGCCCUUCGCAAUGACAUUCUAGUGUCAGGUGGUCGCAUCAACAGCAGGGAUGUGUGGAUGUAUAACUCGCAGCUCAACCUUUGGAUCCGAGUGGCUUCAUUAAAUAAAGGCCGCUGGAGACACAAGAUGGGUGUCCUGCUGGGCAAGGUCUAUGCUGUGGGUGGCUACGAUGGCCAGUGCCGCCUGAGCAGUGUGGAGUGUUAUGACUCCUUCUCAAACCGCUGGACAGAGGUGGCGCCCUUGAAGGAAGCGGUCAGCUCUCCAGCCGUCGCUAGCUGUGCCGGCAAGCUCUUUGUCAUUGGAGGAGGGCCCGAUGACAAUACCUGUUCAGACAAGGUCCAGUGCUAUGAUCCAGAGACAGACACUUGGUUGCUCCGAGCCAACAUCCCCAUCGCCAAGCGCUGCAUCACUGCCGUGUCACUCAACAACCUCGUGUAUGUGUGCGGCGGUCUAACCAGGUCCAUCUUCUGCUACGACCCUGUGGAGGACUACUGGAUGCAUGUGGUGCACACAUUUGCAAAGCAGGAGAGCUGUGGCAUGUCCGUGUGUAACGGUAAGAUCUUCAUCCUGGGCGGCCGGGGCGAAAACGGCGAAGCGACAGACACCAUCAUGUGUUACGACCCGGCGACGGGGAUCAUCACAGGGGUGGCUGCUAUGCCACGUUGCAUCUCCUACCACGGUUGCGUUACUGUACAUCGCUUCAAUGACAAGUACCACAGGCCAUGACCAAAAACAUGCAUGCACUUACAGUGUAUGAGCGCACAAACACACACUUCAUUACAUCAUACGCGCCAUUCAGUGUAUUUAUUUUCUCACAGUAUCAUGUAGCAGCAAUCAUUGCGGUGCUGUGAACAUUUAUCUUUCAUAGUGGAAAUGCUCUCUAUUUAAUCUGAUUAAUGGCACAACAGAACAAAUGCAAAGUAAAAGAAUAACAAAAAAAAGUCAAAUAUGUCGAAUAUGCAUCAUUUUGCCCAUAUUAACAGCAGGUUUCCUAAAAAUAAAGUCCAAAGAACAUUCUUUAAGCAGACAUGUCCAAACUUUUUCCUCAAAGGGCCGCAUACAGAAAAACGGAAUGACGCAAGGGCCACUUCGAAAUUCUUUAUUAAACACGCUAAAUCUGAUCAAUCAAGCAAUUAUAUAUUGUAGUUACUUUGAAAAACUGCUAUCUCACAGCUUUCUAUUAAAGUUAAUAAGGAAAAUAAUUUGGGAUUUUACAGGAUUUGGGAGUUUUUGCCUCUGAAACAGAAUUAUCUGUAGAAAUUUAUAGAAAUUUUGUUGCUAUUGUUUUAGUUAACAAUUUAAUAUUAUUAUUAAUAGUAGUAGUAGUUGUUGCACCCAUGGGGAAUGUGGGUGUUGCAAGGUCCCCCACCCCCUUUUCUUUUUUUGAGGAAAAAAAAGUUUUGCAGUCGUUUUAAAAAAUCAUUUUUACUAUAUGCGGCGGGAAAAAUGGCUCCUGGGCUGUAGUUUGGGCCCCUCUGUCCUAAGUAAUGCCACCUCAAUUUUUAAUAUACAGGGUGUCUCAAACUUUACUUGAGACUUCCUUUAUUCUAUUUAGCAGUAGUGCAAUGUAUGUGAUCCAUGGCAAGUUUCUCGAAAGAGAAUAUGUUCUUGAUAAACCACACAGAAAAUCUAAACCUUUAAAGCAGGCGUUUGGGGAAAAAACAAGAAAAGGGAUGAUGCUUUUACUGACCAACUUCAGGUUGUCGAGCAUCUUCCACUUGGAGUCUUUGUUGAUGCUAUGUUCUAUUGCAGACCUUCAGAUAAACUUUCCUUGACUUUGCGCGAAUACCUGCUCUAGAAGGUCAGUGUUUUCCAUCAGUGGUGGUGGUAUUCGCAGGCUAGCCACUGUGUAUUUUAUCAAGAACAGAUCCUGUUUUGAGUCAUUUGCAAUGGAUAGCAUAAAUUGUACUACAUGUUGGAACAGUGUGACAAUGGCCAAAAAGGUCUUCAAACUAGCACUGAACUGCAGUUCAGCCAAAAACUUAUUGCCAGGCGGUAAUUUUGCAACACUGCUCCAAUAUCAGUAUGCUUACAAAUACUGCAAAGCAUAAACUGUCAAAUGCUGAUGGCCUCACAUCUGUCCAAAUGAUUGCUGAAUUAUUAUUUUUUUGACUGAGAUAAGCAGCUAUGUCAGACAAUAAGAAUGGUAAUUUUGUUUCGAAUGCAGUUUUCAUUUGAGAAUCUCAAAGUGCUACAGAGUAAGACAAAACAAACAAAAAAUGACCAAAGACAGUUAAGUAAAACAGACAGACACUUGAUUAAAAAUGAACACGAUAUGUAUAAUUUGGUAAUGAUAGAAAACAAAAACAGAAUACAUCAAAUUACGGCUACACUAUUAACUUCCCUUUUUUGAUAAUUAUGUUAAGCACCUUCACUUCCUUUUUGUGCAUUUCCCUUUGCCUCUUCCGUUUACAUUCAUAUUUCUUUUUAAGCCUUAUUUUCUUACAUUAUCAUGCAUAUUAUUCUCAUUACUGGUAUUUUUAUUUUAAGAAAUAUAAGUUAUAAGUGUGUGUGUUUUUAAUGUUUUUUUUUUUUUUUUUACAAAGUUCUUUUGUACACUUUUAGCAAAGUACAUAUUUUUCACAUCAUUGUUUAAUAGUGUUUCGGGCAUGUGGGUAUUUUUCAUUUGUAUUGAGAGGCAUUUUUGGAGAUCAGACUCACAGAUCUAGAGUCUGCUUUGAAUAUGUGGUGUGCCUGUACAGAUAUGAUCAAUGUAUACAUGACUUUUACGACGUAGUUUGGAUGGUGUCAGCGACUGCAUGGUCACUCAAUGUUAGCUAAUGCUGCUUGCACCUUUGAUUUAAAAGACACCUGAUGUAACUCGGGUUAACCGUAGAUACCUCCGUGUGUGUAUGUGGGCUUGCGAGUCGGGUGAGGAGGUGUUUGAAGCACUAGCCCUUAGUUAAAGUCAGUAAAAAAAUUUUUUUUUUUUUUUUUUUAACAAUAGGUGUUGAUAGACAAGAUGUUGCUGUGAACUUUUAUUUAAAUUUAAUUUUUUGUAUUUAAAUGUAACUUUUUUUUUCCUGUAACUGAGAGCCCCAAUUGUGCACUUUGACAGAAUCCUGUCAAGUAGGUAAUAGUGGAUGAAAUUUUUCUUUCAUUUUUUUUUUUUUUUUUUACUGUAUCAGUAAAUGUUACUUGCUUUCACGUGAAAUAUGGAGAUUGCGUAGGGUGCCUCUAUUUGGCCGCAGAAUGCGACGGUUCAUAUACGACAACAAAGACACAAGAGGGCAAAGUUCAGAGAGAGGACUUUAAAGUAUGAUAAAGAUGUUAGAGCUGUUUUUUUUCUGUUCAACAAUCAGAAAACAUAAUCCAUCAAUUUUAAUCAAAAAGGGGCCUGAAUCACACAGGCCAACAAGCCAGUCAGAAAUCAGUAGAGAAGAAGAGGCUGGUAGUGAGAAUAAGUGUGUGUGUGUCUGGGAUUUCACCAAGUAUUUACUCAAUAGGGAUACAUGUCCUCUAAUGUUAAUUUGUUUUCCAUUUGAAUUAUUUUCUAUUUACAGACUUUGAUACAUUUGCUUUAAUAAGAUUGAAGUUUAUUUUGUGUUUGCAUUUUGUUGUGGGAUUGUCUGUUUUUUGACCCCAUGUGCAAAAAGUAUCAAGAUUGAGCUUUUUAAAAAAAAAAUGAUUUCAGCAUGAAUGGAGGCAGAAAUGAACUUGGGUUUGUGGAUUUGAUUCUGAAUUCAUCCUGUGUGUGACAAUGUGCCUUUAAAAGAAUAAACCAGCAGGGGAAUAUUGAUUUUCUUUUUAUAUGAACCUUUACAAAUGUAUGUGUGAUGUUAUACUUUAAGAUGCUGUUCAUGAGGAUGCAAUAAAAUGUUUUUCUGUUCA